GCCGAACCUGGCCGCGUCUCCGCCACAGCCGCAGCAUCUGGAGUGGAUGCUCAUCCACGCCGCCGGAAGGAUGCUCCUGGGCAGCCAGGGAAACCAAGGGAAACCAAGCAGAAACCAUAGUUAGGGCGCAGUGCCCAGGCCUGGGACCCAUGAAGCACACGGACAGCGAGUCCAUCUGCCACCAUGCGCCGCCGCCGCCGCCGCCGCCGCCGUGCUGGGCUCACCACGCACCUCGCCAGGCCCCGUGGCAGCCCCCCAGCCGGGAGCGACGACCCCCAGAGCGGGCCGGGAGCUGGGCGGCGGCGGCAGAGGAGGAGGAGGCAGCCUCGGCAGCACCCUGGAUGAGACGUUAUUUUGGAGAAGAUGAUGGGGAGAUGGUACCCAGAACAAGUGCAGCAGCUUUUCUCAGUGACACUAAAGAUCGGGGCCCUCCGGUUCACUCACAGGCCUGGAGAAGUGGUGAGAAGAUCCCCUUUGGGCAGACACACUCACUGAGAACAUUUGAGAAGCCCCCUCUGGUGCAGACCCAGGCUCUUCGAGACUUUGAGAAGCACCUCAAUGACCUGAAGAAGGAGAACUUCAGCCUCAAGCUGCGCAUCUACUUCCUGGAGGAGCGCAUGCAACAGAAGUAUGAGGCCAGCCGGGAAGACGUCUACAAGCGGAACAUCGAGCUGAAGGUUGAAGUGGAGAGCCUGAAACGAGAACUCCAGGACAGGAAACAGCAUCUGGAUAAGACAUGGACCGAUGCGGAGGAUCUCAACAGCCAGAAUGAAGCAGAGCUCCGGCAUCAGGUUGAGGGACGGCAGCAGGAGACAGAACAAGUUUAUGAGCUCCUAGAGAACAAGAUCCAGCUGCUGCAGGAGGAAUCCAGGCUGGCAAAGAAUGAAGCCACGCGGAUGGCAGCUCUGGUGGAGGUGGAGAAGGGGUGUAACCUGGCGCUCUCGGAGAAGCUGAUGGAUGCUGCUGCUACGGACAGGAGAGACACACGGGGAGACCAGGUGAAGCCUGGCCAAUACUCGGAAGCCCUGGCCCAGAGGGACAGGAGAAUUGAAGAGCUGAGACAGAGCUUGGCUGCCCAGGAGGGACUUGUGGAACAGCUGUCUCAGGAGAAACAACACCUGCUACAUCUGCUGGAGGAGCCAGUGAGCAUGGAGGUGCAGCCCCAGCCUGAAAAGUUAUUCAAGCAACAGAAGCUGAGCUCAGAGGAGACCCCCGUCACCCAGGCUGUCAUCAGUAAAUCUGCGUCUGAUUCCCACGCGGAAGAGCUCCAGGACAAAAUCCAGCAAACAGAGGCCACCAACAAGAUUCUUCAAGAGAAACUGAAUGAAAUGAGCUGUGAACUAAAAUCUGCACAGGAGUCGUCUCAGGAGCAAGAUGUGACAAUCCAGAGCCUCAAGGAAUCGCUAAAAAGCAGGGAAAGUGAGACCGAGGAGCUGUACCAGGUGAUCGAAGGACAGAAUGACACAAUGGUAAAGCUCCGUGAGAUGCUGCACCAAAGCCAGCUUGGACAGCUCCAGAGCUCAGAGGGCGCGGCCCCAGCUCAGCAACAGGUGGCCCUGCUUGAUCUUCAGAGUGCUCUGUUCUGUAGCCAGCUUGAAAUCCAGAAGCUGCAGAGGCUGGUGCGCCAGAAAGAACGGCAACUGGCUGAUGUCAAGCGGUGCAUGCAGUUUGUAGAGGCUGCGGCCCGGGAGAGAGAGCAACAGAAGGAAGCUGCUUGGAAACAUAACCAGGAAUUACGGAAAGCUUUACAACACCUCCAAGGAGAAUUGCAUAGUAAGAACCAACAGCUUCAUACCCUAGAGAUGGAAAAAUACAAUGAGAUUCGAAUCCGGGAACAGGACAUUCAACACCUACGUCAGAGUCUGAGUCUCAAAGAGCAGCUGUUUCAGGAACUUCAGGAGCUCCUACGGUAUCGAGAUAACCCGGACAAAACUCCAGAAACGAAUGAGCUGUUGCUGGAGAAAAUGCAGCAGCAGAUACAAGCCCAAGCUGCUGUUCUGGAGCGGGCUCUCGAGGAAAAGUUCUCCGCUCUAGAAGAAAAGGACAAGGAAUUGCAGCAGCUUCACCUAGCUGUGCGAGAGCGAGAUCAUGAUUUAGAGAGGCUGCGUAGUGUCCUGUCCGCCAAUGAAACCACCAUGCAAAGUAUGGAGGGUCUCCUGAGGGCCAAAGGCCUGGAACUGGAGCAGUUAACUGCCACCUGUCAAAACCUCCAGUGGCUGAAAGCAGAAUUGGAAACCAAAUCUGGCCACUGGCGGAAGGAACAGGAGAGCGUCCUUCAGCAGCUGCAGACAUCUCUGCACAACAAGGACAAAGAGGUGGAGGAUCUCAGGGCAACAUUACUCUGCAAACUCGGACCUGGCCAGAGCGGGAUAGCUGAGGAGCUGUGCCAGCGCCUGCAGCAGAAAGAAAAGAUGCUGCAGGACCUCCUGAGUGAUCAGAAUAAACAAGUCGUGGAGCAUGAACUGGAGAUCCAGGGGCUGCUUCAGUCGAUGAAUACCCGGGAGCAGGCGAGCCAAGCUGCUGCAGAAAAGAUGGCUCAAGCCUUCCUGGAGAGAAACUCAGAGUUACACGCCCUGCGCCAGUACCUGGGGAGAGACCUCGUCCCCUUCCGGGCACUCCUCUCAGACCAGCAAGUUGAAGUGACAUCCAUCAGCCCCGACCUUGGAGAGCAGGCUGAUCAAAGCUCUAUGCAGAUGCCCUCCAGAGAUGAAAGCGCUUCACUGACUGCUAAAGAAGAUGCCGGCGUGCCCAGGCCCACGUUAGGAGACUCGGACACAGUUGCAGGGCUGGAGAAAGAACUGAGUAAUGCCAAGGAGGAACUCGAGCUCAUGGCUAAAAAAGAAAGAGAAAGCCAGAUAGAGCUGUCUGCUCUACAGUCCAUGAUGGCUGUGCAAGAAGAUGAGCUGCAGGUGCAGGCUGCCGACUUGGAGUCGCUGACCAGGAACAUACAGAUAAAAGAAGACCUCAUAAAGGACCUGCAGAUGCAGCUGGUCGACCCUGAAGACAUACCAGCCAUGGAACACCUGACUCAAGAGCUCUUACUUCUUCGGGAAAAAGUUGCUUCAGUAGAAUCCCAGGGUCAGGAAGUUUCUGGAAACCGGAGACAACAGUUGCUGCUGAUGCUAGAAGGACUAGUGGAUGAGCGGAGUCGUCUCAACGAGGCCCUGCAGGCAGAGAGGCAGCUGUACAGCAGCCUGGUCAAGUUCCACGCCCAUCCGGAGAACUCUGAGAGAGACCGGACUCUGCAGGUGGAACUGGAAGGGGCCCAGGCCUUGCGCAGCCGACUAGAAGAAGUUCUUGGAAGAAGCCUGGAGCGCCUGAGCAGGCUGGAGACGCUGGCCGCCAUUGGAGGUGCUGCUGCUGCUGCUGCUGCUGCGGGCGAUGACGCCGAGGACACAAGCACGGAGUUCACAGACAGCAUCGAGGAGGAGGCUGGGCACAACAGCCACCAGCAACUCAUCAAGGUGGCUUUGGAGAAAAGCCUGGCGACCAUGGAGACCCAGAACACAUGUCUUCAGCCCCCUUCCCCACCAGGAGGGGACAAUAACAGGUGUCUUCAGGAAGAAAUGCUCCACCUGAGGGCUGAAGUCCACCAGCACUUGGAGGAGAGGAGGAAAGCUGAGGCGGAACUCAAGGAGCUGAAGGCUCAAAUCGAAGAAGCAGGAUUCUCCUCUGUGUCCCACAUCAGGAACACCAUGCUGAGCCUUUGCCUUGAGAAUGCAGAGCUGAAAGAGCGGAUGGGAGAAGCGAUGUCUGACGGAUGGGAGGCCGAGGAGGACAAGGAGAAGGGCGAGGCGAUGGUGGAGACUGCGGAGGCCAAGGGUCUGGAUGAGAGCAGCCUCCAGGCUGAGUUCAGGAAAGUCCAGGGGAAACUGAAGAGUGCCUACAACAUCAUCAACCUCCUCAAGGAACAGCUGCUCCUGAGCAGCUCGGAAGGGAACGGUAAAGUGAGGCCGGAGCUCCUGGUGCGCCUCGCCAGGGAGGUGGACAGAAUGAACAUGGGCCUGCCUGCCCUUGGUAAGCAGCAACACCAAGACAAGGAGAACGUGGCCACGAGGCCUGGCCCCAGACCCCAGAGCCUCAGUCUUGGGGCAGCCCUCCCAGCGGAUACCCACCACCUGGAGAACAAGUCCCAGGCCCGAGACUCCGGACACCAGUCCGAGUUUAGCCUACCAGGGCCCACCAAACACCUGCGUUCCCAGCUGGCUCAGUGCAGACAGCGGUAUCAAGAUCUCCAGGAGAAGCUACUCAUCUCGGAAGCUACCGUGUUUGCCCAGGCGAACCAGCUGGAGAAGUACAGGGUCAUAUUCAGUGAAUCCCUGGUGAAACAGGACAGCAAGCAAAUCCAGGUGGACCUUCAAGACCUGGGCUAUGAGACUUGUGGCCGGAGUGAGAAUGAAGCUGAACGUGAGGAGACCACCAGCCCCGAGUGUGAGGAGCACAACAGCCUGGGGCCCAUGGUGCUCAUGGAAGGGCUGUGCUCUGAGCAGGGGUACCUGGACCCCGUCCUGGUCAGCCCACCUGCAAAGAAGCCUUUGGAGAACAAACCCGGGAGGCAGGACGAUUUCCAGAUGCACAGAAAUCCGGACGACAGCUCUGUCCUGAGGAAGGACAUCAGAGAUCUGAAAGCCCAGCUACAGAAUGCCAACAAGGUCAUUCAGAACCUCAGGAGCCGGGUCCGGUCCCUCUCUGCUACAAGUGAUUACUCAUCCAGUCUGGAGAGACCCCGGAAGCUAAGAACCAUCGCAACCCUGGAGGGGUCUUCACCUCACAGUGUCACUGAUGAAGAUGAAGGGUGGCUAUCGGACGGCACUGGGGCUUUUUACCCCCCAGGGCUACAGGCCAAAAAGGAUCUGGAGAGUCUCAUCCAGAGGGUAUCCCAGCUAGAGGCCCAGCUCCCCAAAACUGGACUGGAGGGGAAGCUGGCCGAGGAGCUGAGGUCUGCCUCGUGGCCUGGAAAAUACGAUUCCUUGAUUCAGGAUCAGGCCCGCGAACUAUCAUAUCUGCGUCAAAAAAUCCGAGAAGGGAGAGGUAUUUGCUAUCUUCUCACCCAACAUGCAAAAGACACAGUGAAGUCUUUUGAGGACCUCCUACGGAGCAACGACAUCGACUACUACCUGGGCCAGAGCUUCCGGGAGCAGCUAGCCCAAGGGGGUCAGCUGACGGAGAGACUCACCAGCAAACUGAGCACUAAGGAUCAUAAAAGUGAGAAAGAAGAAGCUGGGCUUGAGCCGCUGGCCCUCAGGCUCAGCAGGGAGCUCCAGGAGAAGGACAAAGUGAUCGAAGUCCUGCAGGCCAAGCUGGACAGCCGGUCUCUCUCGCCCCCCAGCAGCCAUGCCCUGACUGACUCCCACCGCUCGGCCAGCAGCGCGUCCUUCCUGUCUGAUGAGAUAGAAGCUUGCUCUGACAUGGACGUAGCCAGCGAGUACACACACUAUGAAGAGAAGAAGUCUUCACCUGGCCACUCAGAGUCCAUCCAUCAUUUGAGUCAUUGUGCUGUGUUGUCUUCUAAACCAUCAGCCACCAGUGUAUCCCAGGGGCUAAAGGUCGAGUCCAGCAACAGUCCCAUCAGCUUGCCAACUCCCCAGAACCCCCUCAAGGAGGCCAGCCAGGCCUGUUCAGGCUUUCAUUUUAACUCCUCACCCAAGCCGGCUAGCCUUGCCCAGGCACCAAUGCCCUCAACUCCACCCAGCUUCAUGCCUUUCGGCCCCUCUGGCCCCCCCCUCCUCGGGUGCAGUGAGACACCAGCGGUGUCCUUGGCUGAGGCUCAGCAGGAGCUGCAGAUGCUGCAGAAGCAGCUGGGAGAAAGUAUUAGCGUGGCUCCUCCUUCCUCCACAGCUACGCUGCUGAGCAGCCGUCCAGAAGCUAGCUCUUCCCACUACCUCAACCCCGCUCAGUCCCACUCUCCUACAAGGGGCAUCGUAGAGCUGGGCAGAAUCCCGGAGCCUGGUUACCUGGGUAGCAGCGGCCAGUGGGACACGAUGAGGCCUCAGAAAGGGAGCGUCUCUGGGGACCUGUCGUCGGGCUCCUCACUGUACCAGCUGAACUCCAAACCCACAGGGGCCGACCUGUUGGAAGAGCAUCUCGGUGAGAUCCGGAACCUGCGCCAGCGCCUGGAGGAGUCCAUAUGUGUCAAUGACCGGCUUCGGGAGCAGCUGCAGCAGAGGCUCACCUCCACCACCCGGGAAAGCGGCUCCACCUCCCACUUCUACAGUCAGGGCCUGGAGUCCAUGCCUCAGCUCUACAGUGAGAACAGAGCCCUGAGGGAAGAAAACCAAAGCUUGCAGGCUCAGCUCAGUCAUGCUUCCAGAGGACACUCCCAGGAAGUGGACCGCCUGCAGGAGGCUCUGCUCUCCUCUCGGUCCCAGCUUCAAGAGCUGGAGAAGGAGCUGGAGCGGCAGAAGGCUGAGCGGCAGCAGCUGCGAGACCUGCAGGAGAAGCAGGAAGAGAUCUUGCAUUUCCGGGAGGAGAGGCUCUCCCUCCAGGAAAAGGACUCCAGGCUGCAGCACAAGCUGGCCUUCCUGCAACAACAGUGUGAAGAAAAGCAGCAGCUGUCCCUCUCCUUGCAGUCAGAGCUCCAGAUCUAUGAGUCACUCUGUGGAACUCCUAAGACAGGCCUGAAAGCUUGCAACCUGGAUUCCUGCCACCAAGUCCCCAGUGAGUUAAGCUACCUGGUGGCGGAGAUACGAGCGCUGAGAGGGCAGUUGGAGCAGAGCAUUCAAGUGAACAAUGGUCUGCGGCUGCAGCUGGAACAGCAGCUGGACGGUGGGGCUGGCAAAGCCGAUCUCAGCCCGUCCUCUGUUAGCCAGUUCUCAGCCAAUGUGGAGCCUGCAAACACACAGCCACUCUUCCAAGGUUCAGCUGUGUCUCCUCCAGUCCGGGAUGUUGGCUUGAAUUCUCCAGCCACGGGCCUCCCCAGCUCUUCUCGCUCUGCUCCUGGCUCAGACCCUGCCAUCAACACCAGGACAAAUGAGCUGGGUUUAGAUGAUUCUGCAGUGAUGAAGAACCCUCCCAAGCUGGAGGGCAAUGCUGUUGAUGGUUCCUUUGCCCACAAGCAUGGCCGACAUGUCAUUGGCCAUAUUGAUGACUACAGUGCUCUGCAAGAGCAGAUCAGGGAAGGCAAGCUGCUGGUCCAAAAGAUCCUGUCUCUUGUGAGGCCAGUGUGCAGCAUCCCUGGCCUUGAAGCUCAGGGCAUAGGGGUACCAGGUGCCAAAAGUGUCCGUGAGCUGCAGAGCAGCGCCAGAGCUCUGAACCACACCCUAGACGAGUCAGCAUCCCUCCUCACCAUGUUCUGGAGAGCAGCCUUGCCAAGCUCGCACGGUCCAGGACUGGUAGGCCAAGCGGGACAGUUGAUGGAGAAAGAACUCCUGGACCUGCGAGCCCAAGUGUCCCAACAGGAGGAGCUCCUUCAGAGAACCAAUGAGCGGCUGAAGACAGCCAAGCAGAAGAAGAAAAGCAUGGAACAGUACAUCGUGAACCACCUGACGAGGACCCAUGCUGUCUUGAAGAAAGCACGGACUAAUUUAGAGCACUGCACUUACAAGAUUCCCUCUGUGCAGCCAUAUUCCCGUCCCAGCCAAGGUGAAAUCCUUAAGGGCUCGGCCGUGCACUUCAGGCUUGUGACCCUUGUCUUCCAGGAGCCACACAAGAAGCGAAGCCACAACAAGUCCUUAAAGCAGCAGCAGGAAGGGCGGGCCUGCCCCCCUCUUGUGCAGCUGCCGAUCUGCUGAGGGAUGUCUGUCCCACACCUCCCCUGCUGGAGGUCCAGAAAGGGGCUCAGAGACGUGUCCCCACGGGACAGGCAGGCGAGAGUGGCAUCCUGGCAGCAGUGAAUAUGACUAGCCAAGGCCCGCUGGGCCCAGCACUAAGCCAAACUGACGUAGACUGCAUAGACGGCCUCGCGGCUCUGCUUCUAAACAGCCUCCGUGGCGCUGGCACCCUCCUCAUCACGGUUCUUGCCUCAGCGUCUGUCCUCGAGAUGGCCAACUCAGGGGAAGUAGGACCUCGACACCCACAAAACGGGGUGUGUGGUCCCAACACCGAAGCUCCUCAGUUUUAAAAGCACACGAAUUGAGUGGCAGUGCCCUGCUGGACAGUGUUGGGGCUCAGCAAAGUCCCCUCGCAAACUGACUCUUAAUCUAGGCCAGCCCUAUGGGCCAAGCCAGGUAGUACUUUGGUCUGCAACACCACGUCAGAGUUCUUUGAGUCUACACAGCAGACGUGGUGACUUCUGGGUGCCCCACGCUUAACCUAGCACCUUCUGUUUCCUAGAUGAUCUCAAGUUGAACGGGCGUCCCUUAAAUGUGCUGUCCCCUGGAAUCCUAACUCCCCUCGGGGGAACUGGAGACUGGCGGCCACAUCAUGCCCGUUGAAUGUCUAAAGCAUACAGCACACCUGCUCCUCUUUUAAUGCCAUGGCGAGGCCUGUUCUGAAUUGAAGACUGUGCGUCUUCACAGUGCUCAUAGGAUGUGGCUGUGUGUGUAUAAAUGUAUAAUAUAGAUAUAUAUGUUGCUAUGGCCAGGUGUCAAAGGUCAUAGUGUGCAGACAGGUGGGUGGGAGGAUGCUACACAGUCUUUCAGAUGGCUAUUAAAGCAAACUGUGUAUAAAGAAA